AUGGGUGCCUGCCUCUGCACAGGUCACAAAGAUCAGCAGCAGCCCAUGACUGUGCUCUGGUCCCAGACAGAGGGACCGGCGUCGGACAAAGAAGAUCAGAAUCCAUCCAACGGCUCGGUGACCGACAAGAGCAACCAUUACGACAUCGGAGAGCUGGCUACCUCCUCGCUUAUCGUACAUACGCCUGAGAUCCCUGUGGUCCUUGUGGUCCCUGAGAUCCCUGUCGUCCCUGGGAUCCCUGUGGUCCCUGAGAUCCCUGUGGUCCUUGUGGUCCCUGUGGUCCCUGAGAUCCCUGUGGUCCCUGAGAUCCCUGUGGUCCUUGUGGUCACUGAGAUCCCUGUCGUCCCUGGGAUCCCUGUGGUCCCUGAGAUCCCUGUGGUCCUUGUGGUCCCUGAGAUCCCUGUGGUCCCUGAGAUCCCUGUGGUCCCUGUGGUCCCUGAGAUCUCUGUGGUCCUUGUGGUCCCUGAGAUCCCUGUGGUCCUUGUGGUCCCUGAGAUCCCUGUGGUCCUUGUGGUCCCUGAGAUCCCUGUGGUCCCUGAGAUCCCUGUGGUCCCUGAGAUCCCCGUCAAACCAAACCACUUUGGAGUUUACGGAACAUCACCGACAAAUGACUCCGGAAACAGGCGGGUUCAAAACAUCCGCCGCCGCCCCCGUGCGCCCGUCCAGCGGUGCUCGUGGUUAAACGCUGCCAGCACAGCGUCUUCAGGAUCCACUGCAGCAGACCGUGGGCGCCAUGUCUCCCUCGGGAACAUGCACAAGGUCCAACAGAAACUCUUUACUCUACGUUGUCUGGUUGCCACCAUCAAGGAUCACAUUACCAAACCCACAGCUAUGGCCCAGGGCAGAGUGGCCCACCUGAUCGAGUGGAAGGGGUGGACUGUGGCCGAGGGGGGGUCUGGGGGCUGGAGUGGGGGCAGAGGGAAAGCUGGAUGGGGAGGUAUGGAGGCGGAGCUACAGGAGGACGCACACUUGUAUUCUCAGAUGACGGACGAAAUUAAAGAGGCCCGCUUCGCAGCAGGUGUGGCUGAGCAGUUCGCACUCGCUGAAGCUUCUAUGAAUAUGUGGUCGAUGGACGAAGGCCUGGGACAACCCCUCUCCAGUUUACAAGUGACCCGCAGCCACCUGCUGUCCCAGUUCUUGUUGGACGGGGGAAGCAUGGGUGUCCCUCAACACCUCUACAGCCAGAUGUACCCAGAGCCCGGCACGGCCCCCCCCCACUGUGACGUAGUGUCGCCCGCCACUACCAGCACCCAUCCACAAACCGAGGUGCAGCUGGAGCCCCGGGGCCCGCUCACAGCCGAGGUCCGACACGUGGACAGCAGCUCUCUCUCCGAGGACGACGUCUUUUACAACUGA